UUUGAAAUUACUGAUAAGAAUUUGUUGAGGUUAUAACCAAUUAAGAGGUUAAAAGUUUCACAUAUUUCAAUGCAUUUACGAACAUAAAUAAUAUACCUAUUUUAUAGAUUAAAGCGAUUGAUGAAAGGUAGUAUAUUCAAUAUACUACCUUCAGAUUAUACAAUCAGGAUAUAUUCUUUGAAAUAUAAGUAUAAAAAAUCUGGUUGUUUACACAUUUAAUACGAUAAAGAUUGACCUAGUUCAAUUUGAUAUAUGUAGUAUGCUCUAUCGACUUGUCAAAGCUAUUAACAGACUAUACUCGACAGUAACACUAUCAAAAAUCAUGAAUAACAACAAAUGCUACUUUAGACAACAAGAAGAUAAAGUUGAGAUAACAUUCAUGCUAGAAGUAAAGGGCUCUGCAAGGCAGUUUAAUUUUAGCCGGAAUUCAACGGAAAGCUUACAAGUUUUACUCAAUCGAAUGAAAACUAACAUCCAAAAAGCUAUGGACAAGGGAAAUAAGAAGAAAAACAAAAGUGAAAGUAGUCCGGACAUAAAAUUAGAAUUUUAUGAUUCAAACAAUGUUGUUAUCAGCGAAAGUAGUACCUGCACUGACUUGCUUUCGAUGAAUGGCCCUAUAAAAUUAAAAAUGUCAGAUAAUUUCUAUGAAGUAAUUUUUAAUUCUCCAUGGGUACUUAGUUUAAACUUGCCACAAAGCAUUUUAGCUGGCUUUCCAGUAUAUCCCAUCAAUUUUGAGACCCAAUAUGCUAAGAAAGAAAAAUGUAUUUUUAAUUGGUAUAAAGGAUUACCUAGAAAUGAGAAAGGAAACACAGUGAGUGAUCAACACAUUCAGUGGGAACUAACCAGCAACAACUUUAUUUACACACCAAGUACCCAUGAAGUUGGCAUGAAAUUAAAAUUUGAAUGCAUACCAGGUAAUGAUAAUCUGGUGGGUCCUGCAGUUGAGUCUAUAUCUAAAAACCUUGUUGAAGCUGGGCCGGGCAGAUGUCCAUUUGAAACCAGACAUUUAUUUACAAAGCAAAAAUUAAAGCAUAAAAGCUUUAGAUGUGUAUCAUAUAACAUUUUAGCAGAUCUGUACUGUGACUCAGAUUAUACUAGAACCGUUUUACAUCCAUACUGUCCUGCUUAUGCCUUACAUAUAGACUAUAGAAAACAACUCAUUUUGAAAGAAUUAUUUGGUUACAAUGGUGAUUUAAUAUGUUUACAAGAGGUUGAUUCCAAAAUAUUUCAAAGCACCCUUCAACCUCUUAUGGAUUCUGAAGGUUUUAAUGGUUUAUUUUAUAAAAAGGCGAAACAAGUUGCUGAAGGAUUAGCUUGUUUUUAUAAUAGAGACAGAUUUGAUUUUUUAGGGGACGAAAGCAUAGUUUUAUCUGAUGCUUUAAAAAGUAAAGGAUGCCUACAAUCAAUUUGGGAAAAGAUAAAAGACAACAAACCACUUACGGAUAGAUUAUUAGAUAGGUCAACAGUGGCUAGUGCAACAUUCCUACAGUCCAUAGACAAUCCAAAUGAGAUUUUAAUUGUUGGUAAUACACAUUUGUAUUUCCAUCCUGAUGCUGACCACAUAAGACUAUUACAAGGAGGUGCUGUAAUCUAUUGGUUAAUGGAAAUUCUUAAUAACAUGAGGUCUAAGUAUCCAGACAAGAGGAUAAGUGUCAUAGUUUGUGGUGAUUUCAAUAGUGUUCCCUCAUGCGGAAUUUAUCAGUUGUACACUACAGGUGCCUCCCCAAGUAGUUUGCCAGACUGGAAAUCUAACAUUAAUGAAGCUGUGUAUGAUUUAAAUCUACAACAAAAUAUUCCUCUUGGAAGUGCAUGUGGCACACCACAAUAUACAAAUUAUACUGCAGAAUUCGCAGACUGUCUGGAUUACAUAUUUUAUGACAAAUCUAACUUAGAAGUUGAACAGGUUGUACCUCUUCCAUCUGUCGACGAAUUGAAAUUACACACAGCCUUGCCAAGUGUAGUUUUUCCUUCUGAUCACAUAGCUUUGGUUUCGGAUUUACAUUUUAAGUAGAAUAAUAAUAUGUGCGGUGAGGUAGGGUAAGACUUACAAACUUUUCUACCAGACAGUACGGAAAGAUCGAUUUUCAUGGCUAAGUUAUUUUGGUUACUUCUGAGAUG